AUUCAUUGUGAGGUUGAAUAUGUACGACGCAAUCGUUUGUUAUUCACACAGAAAGGCAUAUCGCUUAAAAGUGCUCUAUUAGUAGGCGUUCAUAGAAAAUUCGAGAUAGCAUGGUAAUAAGAAAUUGAGUUUUCUCAUUGAUUGAGUGGAGUGAUUACGAAAAAAUGAGUGCCCCUAUAAUUAUAACGGUGCCUAACAACUACUUGGUGAAGGAGGAAGAUUCGGAUAUGAUUCUAGAUGUAGCGUCACCGUCUCCGUCCAGGAAACGGCGACUGGACCAUCUGACAUGGGAAGAAAAAAUGCAAAGAAAGAAACUGAAAAAUCGCGUGGCAGCACAGACUUCUCGCGACAGAAAGAAAGCCAAGAUGGACGAAAUGGAGAGUCAGAUAAGGGAUUUCAAAGAAAUGAAUGAGCGUCUCACAAGUGAGGUGGAGAGCUUGAAAGCUUUGAACGAGAGGUUGAUUAGCGAGAACACAGCGCUACGCGAAGCGGCGGCGGCGCAGAGCGUCCCGGGUGGGCAAGGACCAGCGGAGUCUACUCCUCAGCAGAAGGAGGCCCCCCCGGCGGCGGUCCGCGCGGCUCGCCUGCUGCUAGCGAUGUGUCUCCUAUCGCAGACCUCCUCGCGCAAUUCGAUUCCGAGGAAUACAUCGACACCUUACAUGAACUUGCAAACUCCCUCCUCCAAGAAAUUGAUGCAGGUGCUGCAGGAACGACUCAACAUGUCGAAACCAGGAAAGCUGGAGAGUGCCCUAAAGGAGAUGAAGUGGUGGGGCCCACAACAGAACAACUGGAACCCAGUCGAGGUGCUGUAGUAGACAUCAAGCAUGACGUCGACAGGAUACUGGCACAACACUCUUAUGCUCAUCCCUACACACACGCAGCAGACCUUCUCGAAAUCAAAGAGGAGAACAACGAUAAAGGCGACAUAUUCUACGCAAGCUGUGACGAAGAUAAUGAUUGCGUCACGAUAGAACUUCCCUGCGAAGAAGAAAUCCCAGUUCAGACAGAGAUUGAUUCGGUGAAGAACGAUAGUUCAGCGAUCACGUUGGAGUGCGACAUGAAGAUGCUCUCGCCGAUGACCCUGUCUCCGAAGUCGGUGGAAGAUAAUUUGCUCUUGUCUCCGGCGCACACCAACCUGAGCUCUGACUUAGGCUACGAGUCGUUAUCGUCACCGCUCAGUGAAUCUGAUUCAAUGGAGUUGCCAGAUCUUUGGUGGGAAUCCUUGUCGGAGCUAUUCCCUGGACUGGCCUAAGUCUAGGGGCGUAAUUCUGAAAAAAAUUCCCACCAAAGACUGAUUAAUUAUAAGUUUUAAGUUAUUGAAAUGUUAUGUUUAAGUGAAAGAAAUGACAAACUAGUUGCUUAAAUAUUGUUGCUACUUCGUCUAUGUAUUGUAAUGGUUCUAUAUAAUAAAUGUGUCAUAGGGAUGUUCAUAUAAGUGUUGUAAAUAAAGUGUUUUGUCGAACAA